UACAAGAGAACGGCGAAAUCACAAUAAUAAUAAAGUCUCAAAAAAUUGGCGGCAAUAUACACUAUUCUUUCUAGGUCUCCUCCCACAGUCUCCGCCGUGCUCCGCCACAAUGUUCGGAGCUCAGGCAUCUUCCUCCCCCUUUGGCACUCCGUCCGCCAUGCCAGCAUUCGGCACUCCAUCCUCCACCUUUGGCACUCCCGCAUCCACCCCUGCAUUUGGCACCCCUUCCUCAACGCCAGCCUUCGGAACGCCGUCAACGCCAUCAUUUGCCACAGGCUUCGGUACAUCACUCUUCUCCACUCCUUUCUCUCAGCAACAGCAGCAACAAACGUCUCCGUUUCAGCAACAAAGCUCAAGCCCUUUCGGAUUUUCGACUCCGUUUGGGGCAACGACGCAAUCCAAUGUUAAUCCUUUCGGGCAGACAACCCCUGCUGCAACGCCGUUUAAUGCUCAGUUAACCACUCAGAUGGCUCCCGUAGCCCAGCUUCCAUUCUCCCUUGCUGAUCGAGACAUUCAAGCAAUACUUGAUGCGUACAAGGAUGAAAUUACUAACCCUAAGUAUGCGUUCAAGCACUUGCUGUUCAGUGUGACUGAACCACAACUUAGGACAAAGCCUGCUGGUGUAUCAGAUAUAAUGUGGGCAGAGGCAAUGGGCAAGCUAGAAGGUAUGGAAAGUUCCAACCGUGAACGUCUUUGGCCCCAACUUGUUAAGGGUUUCAAAGAUCUUUCUGAGCGCUUGAAGCUUCAAGAUGAAGUCAUACUUUCAGAUGCUGAGAGAUUGCAAAUGACUCAAACCAAUGUGAAAGUGCUUCAGAGGCAUUUCCAAGCUGAUACUUUUCCUAGAAUAGAGAGACUGAGACAAUCAGAGAAAGCUCUACAAAGGCGCCUCUUAAGGUUAAUGAGAAUAUUGGAGGCAUUAGAGGCCAAGGGAUUUCGGUUGCCUUUGACCAAAGGAGAAGUUGAAUUAGCCGAGAAGCUGGCUGCUAUAAUCAGACAGUUGAAAGGAUCUGGAGCUGAACUCUCGAGGCGGGUUCAGAAUCUGCUGACUGUAGCUCGUGUUCAAGCAAAUGGUCAUGGGGGUAGUUCAGUCUUUUUACCGGGAUCUACCAAAAUUCAUGAACAGAGUCUUUCAGAUAUGCAUGAGGUAUUACAACAGCAAACGGAAGCGGUUGGUAGGUUGGGAAAUGUGUUGAAGAGAGACAUACGAGAUAUGGAAAUUAUAAUGGCAGAGGACACUCAAAUGGCAGAUGUGUAGACUCAAAAUUGGUCUUACUAAAUCCAUAUGUUGUAUUUUGAUAUGUGCAACUGAAUUCUCUAUUGUAGUAGUGGUGCUUUGUUUACUGCAAUAAAUCCUUUGGAUUUUUAUUUUCGUUUUGGUUAGAAUUUAAAAUUCAAGUUUCAAAGACUAUAUAGGGAACAACAUGAAUACAUGUAAGGUGCUCAUUAUUUUGUUUUGGUAUUUAAGAUCGCUUUUUUCAGUUUA